GGAUGCUUUUAGUUCUUUGCUUGUCUAAACGUGAGGUCUACAUAUUUGAUUCUCAACAGAAGAAGAGAAAUUUGAUGAUUAAGGAGCCACUAAACAAUGCUUUUCGGAGUUACAAGAGACUAGGUGGACAAUCUAAGGGAACUAAAUUAACAUGGAUUCCAGCACAGUGUGCUCAACAACCGGGAUCACUAGAUUGUGGCUACUACGUCACGCGUUUUAUGUACGACAUAAUAAUGAAUCAUGGUAAUAGUCAAGAUCUUACUAAGGUAUGUUCUCAUAAACUACGUACUUUAUAUAAUAAAUUGAAGUACACAAAACUAUUAUAUUGAUCAAUCGUUGAUAAAUUGAAUUAUUUACACUUUUUUAGGAUUUUUCAAGAACAUUGCCCUA